AUGAAGGGAUAUUCUCGCCUAUUUCUAUUGUCUGCUUAUGGGCUGAAAUGGGUUCAUGCCGAGGCCAACGUGACCGUUGCGUCCUUUGGACAUCCGUUCAGCAUCGCUGGUGAAAACGCAAGAUCUGAAGUAGAAGUAUCCAAUGAGCUCACCAUUGAUGCCUACUCCGCAACAACCCACAAAAUUACCGUCACUCGCAAUCAUCCUUCUGCUACUGCAGAUUAUGUCACGGCCUAUGAUACCUCCUCCACAGGACUUUCAGGUUCUUGGGUGGCAUUGAAUAAGUAUUCAUACAGAGUCCGAGUGGACGACGGUCAAUCAGAAGCUGAUGACAUGAUUGUUAACUUGGAGGCAAAGUACGACCCAGCUCAACUCCAGUCUAAAGAAAUCGAAAUUUCCAACGUUUAUUUAGGACGCUACAAUGCUACCCGUGCUGGUUGGGUUAUUGAUAACGAGCGCGCAAAUGUUCAGAUAACCACGCCCGCAUCAUCGGUCUCAAUUCUGCCGACGGAGACCUAUAUGCUUUUGGGACGCGUCUCCGACGAAGCACAGAACGUCUUCAUCCAGUUUUCUUCUUCGUCAGCUGGGCCACCAAUUGGACUGUGA